AGCAAGAGCAACAGCUUUACUUGUCUUUAUAGUUCAGGGCAAAAGCAGAAUAGUAGAACAUUCGCAAGUGAGUCGUCAUGAGUGGAACUUGUUCUUUAUCUCUCUCCUGUGCAGUUGUAUCACAUAGAGAGCAAAGGAUAUCAUUGGAUAGGAUUAAUUGUCAUGUUGGUGCUUCCCAAACUCCUGGGAUUGGAAUUAAUCUCUUGUUAUACAUGGAUGGUACUCAUUCUAAUUUGAUUCUCCUGAUGAAGAACUCUCUGCUUUAUUUCUCAAUGUUUGCAUUACUUCACUGAUUAUCAAUGCCUGGGCUGGUAGGGACCGGCACCAAGAGGAAGAGGGAUGAUGGUGAAGAUGGCGUGGAAGGGAGCCAUCGCUUGGCAACCUGUUCUCAGGUUUGCUCUUACACCUUACAGCGUCAGUGUGUGCUCAACCUCUCUGCUUGCAAACUCCAGAUGUCUCGCCAGCAGAUUGAACCACCUUUACGCCGUUCAGUGCUCAUAUGCAACACACUGCGGCAUAUUGAGCGGGAGCUUCGGGCAGAAGGUCGCCACUAUGACUGUUCGAGAGUGUCUAUGUUGAUCUCUAACCAACCGCUCUGUAUGGACGCACCGAACAAGGAGAGCAUUCCAUCCAGCCAUGAUAGCAGUAAUAAUUCUAGUUCUAGUCCUGCAGAAUCUAGAGGAUGUUUAAAUGAGAGAAGUCGAGCCAGUAGUGAGAACACGUGCCCUGCUGUGCAGAGGUGUGCACAACCUUUGGCAGACAAAUGUUCCCUGUCGUUGAGCGACAGUAGAUUGCAAGCAGACAGUGUAGAAACAGCAAAAACAGAUGUAAGCCAUGAAAAUAACAAUUGCCUCCCAUCAAUUGCCAAUAAAACCACUAUGCCAAGCCACCUAGAUACAGCUCCUCAACCAACGAACACGUUGACAAGACUGACGGACAAACUCUCAAGAGAUACUAUCAAACAGGAAAUCAACUCUUGCUUGGACAUGACCACUACUCCUACUCUGAAUGCUGCCAGUACAGACAUCAUGGAGUUUGGUGAUGAGAUCUUUGAAGACAUUGAUGUCUCACUGUAUGACUUUGAUCUAGCCUCUCCAUUCAUUCCAACCCAUACACCCAACCCUAACCCCAAACCCCCAUCACCGUCUUCUAACUCAGAGGACUGGAUCAGGUCUUUCCAGGGGGAUAUGGCGGGGUUAGACGUCUCCUCAACGGGGGCUCAGGGUAACUGCCGCAGUGACCUCAUGCAUGUUGAUGAACUGGAUCAAAUUAUGCACAUACUGGUUGAUGUCGGCAUGUGAAUUCACCAGAGUAUUUUUAUAUAUUUUAUAUAAGUUAUGCAGAACUUUUUUACUGAAAAUAUUGUAAGAAUAGAAAUAUAGAAGUGAGCACUUAUUUCAGUUGUCAGAGAAGAUGGGAAGUUAUAAAAGAGCAGCUGGAUCAAAAUAUGAGACAUGGAAGAAUUGAAUACAACUCAGGUUUUUUAAAGUGUUAACUAGAUAUUUAUAUGAGAGAAGUCGUCUUCCUGUAAUAGAUAUAUUGAAAGAAAGAAAGAGAAUUGGGGUACAUGUAAAGGAAAGUUAAUUAGGUAAAAUGUUGAUCUAUAGGUAAAUUUUAUGAAAUGGCUAGAUCAAAAAGAUACACUCGUGUGCCAGUAUAUUUUAGCUUGUAGUUCUAAGUUCUUUGUUUGAAAUCACAUGCACACACUGAAUGAAUGGCAUUGAAAUCUUUUAUAAUAGAGUAUAACUAGUGUAGUCAAGGACUUUGUGUCUUUCUCCAACCCACCUUCUUUGUCUCUUCCAUGAUUCAACGAGGCCAAUUUAUUUCACCUCGUCCUCCAACCAUACAUGUUUCCUUUUCAAUUAUCUUCCCUUUCGGUUUGGUUUCGAUCUAGAAAGAACAACCAGGUGGGUUUAUUUUCCAUAGUUAAUUGUAACUUUUUACAGAAUAUUUUUCUGAGGCUUUACAUCCAUUGAACAUCCAUCCCAGACAAAUAGAUAAAAUCUUCUCCACAAAAAAGACCUUGAUUUCUGAUAUCUGAAAAACUAAAUCAGUGUCUAAGAAAUUAUCUUGUCUAGAAAAGCUACUGAUAUUAUGUUUUACAAUCUAAACAUACAUGUAAUAUUCACAAUUUCUCUGUAUUUCUUUACUUAUAGAUGUCUAGAGAAUUUAUAAAUUGAUCAUUAGUUCUCCUGUAUAAAAUGUCUUCCUGUUCUAUGCUCAAGAAUUUGUCUGUACAGAUGUAAAGCCUAUGGAGGUAGCUUCAGCAAAUUCAUCAAUAAUUCAUGAAAGAUCACUGGGGUUCUUCGCUCCUGCUAGCUCCCAUCUCUCCCUAUCUUUCUCUCUCUCUCUCUCUCUUUGCUCAUGGCGGUUGCUCUACAUAAUGGGCGUUAUGAUACAGGAGCUUUGCUAGGCUUCAGUCUAUGUCAAACGCUGAGGCAUAAUAAAAUCUCUAGUUAAGUAGAAGGCUAAUAGAGCACAUCCUGUACUCUACAACAGGAGUCCAUUCAUUUACAUGGUUGUCUAUUACUCUUAUUUAAAGACAACCUAAAUAUCACAUCUCAAUAACUAAAUUGUAAUUGUGAAAUUCUUACACCCAAAAGUAUUUGGUUGCCCUUUGAAAUUGAAUGAAAUGCACCAUGUAGUACGGAUGAAAGACAAGUUUUUCCAAUCAUCAAUGUUUACUUUAGUUGCAGAAUGCUACAUACAGUAUGAGAUGCAAUCUGCUUCUCACAUUACCAAAAGAUCACAGUUUUAAAUGAAAAUGAUAUCUGAACACUUUAUGGAUCUCAUGACUAAGGAUUUUGAUUGUAAAUAUGUUAAAUAUAUAUAACCUGUUAUGGCCUCAUGUAGUACUCACAAGUAUUCAUGUACUAUGGCUGGCGCAGUCUAACUCACAAGAGGCCUAGCAACCAGUUGAGGAAAUCACAUGACCUAUUUUCAUAGCAACCUGUUGCAUGUCGAACCCAACUCAGGGGGCCAAUGUGUUGUAGUUUGGGUUUUCCAAAACUUAUAAUAGCUUUAUACAUGUUACUGAAAAGUUAUCUCUUACAUCAUAAGUUUGCUGUGGCAUGGGUACCCCAAUCCAGAUUAAAAAAAAAAAAUCAGUGACUAAUUCAUUGACUGACACUGAUUUUGUAUUUCAAUAUUAAUGAAUAAUCCAUGAUAGUGUUGACCUUUGUACUUUGGGGGAAAAUGUUGAUUUUUUUUUUGCAUUUUUCCUGCUCAACAAAUUUAGCAAUACAUCAUGCUGAAAAAGUAACAUCACACUAGCAAAGUACCUCAGCCCUUAUUUAAAUAUUCUCUUAUCAUGAAUUAAAUCAGAUAGGGGAAUUCCCAGUUUUCUUUCCUGAACAAAUCUGUCCAUAUAGCAUAAGCCAAUCUUAUUUUGUUGAUGCUCUAUCAUGGCUUUAUAGGUAUUGAUCAAUAUACCAUGAACCUGAUCUAAUUCAGAGGAACUGUAUUCAUUGAAUGACAUUCUUGUAUUCAGAGGUAGAAAUUUAUGUCUCAGUAUAGCAGACAUAUGUGUGUGAAAUCGAUAAUAAGAAAACCCUCUGACAAGAUAAGUAAUAAUGUAGCUAUUGGAAAUCAGCAUAUUGAUUGAUAAGCUUAUGUAGCAUUAUUGCACUUUAGUUGAAUUUGAAAUUCAUAGGAUUUGAGGGGGGGGGGUUAUGUCUGGCAACUGAAAUAGGUGCUCACAUUGUUGUAUAUUCAUGUACAGUAAUAAUGUUAAGGGAGAAUUUCUAUGAAAACAAAUAUUUGGGCUUCUUUGAAUACAAGAGCCAAGAUUUUAUAUCAGAAGUUUUAUGAGAGUAAAUGAAGUAUUUAAUUGAGGUAAUUUAUGACAUCUCUUUGUAAGAUUACCAGUCUUACAAUAGAAAUUCAUUUUUAUACAAAAAUUAUUUGACAUUUGUAACUAAAAAAAAGAAAGAAAGAACGAAAGAAAGAGGGAAAGAAAUACAGCUGACUCUUGAAGAGUCUGAUUUUAUAUUUAUUCCACCAUGAAUUUGAUCCUCGUCUUCAUGUACAUGUGCUUUGUAUUGUUCCAUCACGGAUCCAAACAAAUUUGAAUACAGUUCAAAUCUUUGAGUAAGUAAUCUUGAAUACAGAAUAUAAGGCAGUAAUAGGGCUGAAACUUCGCUAUUAUCUGCCCAAGUUAAGGGAUCUACAUAACUUAGACAAUAUGAUUUUCCAUUGAAUUUCUUAUUCAGAAUUAAAUCUAGUGACACUAUUACUGAAUUAGGAUUUCAAUUAUCCAUGUGAAAAAAAUGAUCUGAAAUAAAGUAUAUAGGGUAGGCCUGAGUUUAGAAGAAAGACAGACUUGCAGGAGUAGCGCGAUAUGUCAAGUGCAAUUACUGUUGGAUUGAAGCUUUUGGUCAGAAUGUGGCAACAUGUCACAUGGUAUUAACUUGUCAAUUAUAUUUUAUGUAACACAACAUGCACAAGUACCACCAAUAGAAGAUACCUUGGGUGAUUUAAAGUUCAGUGUUAUAAUUGGUGUUGGUGUUGAACUGAUAUAUACACCAGUCACAGCACCUUACUUGAAAUGAGACUGGUGCUUGAAAUGAUAUUAUCAGGUGUUGAGCUUGGUUAAAUUGCCCAAAUUAUGCUCAACACCAACACCAACGCUAACCUUGAAAUCAUCUAUUAAGCUCAGAGUGCUAUUAAAUGUUUUAAUGUGCAGCAUUGUUGUAGGUAACUAAAAAGGAUCCAAUCUUUUAUCCACUUGUGCUUCCUUUGAAUAAUGAUGAAAGAAACAUUUAAAAGUUAUACCUUGCCCAUUUGUGUUUAAAAUGAAUUUCCUUGGUGAGAAAUUUGACCCUCCUGUCAUUUUUUAGUCACAAAGAUUUUAUAAAUUUAAUUAGUCCUUAAUCUUAUCUCAACUCUUUCCAUUUCCAGUUCUUGACAUCUUGAACAAUUUUUCUAUUGUCAGUAUAAAGUAACUUAGCAAAUUAGAUUAUAUUUCCUUCACAUUUUAUUUCAGCGAUAAUACAUCUCUCAGCUUGAAUAAUCAUGAUUUAUAAUUUGAUAUCUACAUGUAUAAAUAUUAAUGAAUUAUUGAAUGUUGAUAAUGAUAUUAUUUUGAUGAGAAUUUUGGUACUAUUGUUUCCUGUUCCCUACUAAUCAUGUGAUGUGUUUGGUAUCGUACUUUAUAUGUCUUAUCUGUCUUGUUAGACGUGAUGUCUGCAUUAGAGUGUCCCAAACUCUCAUUUGAAUAAAACCCAUAGCACCUCAUCAUUUUCAUUUUAAACAAUGCAAUUGAAUACUUUCUUGGAAUUAACACUCAACCCAGUUUGCUAAAACUUUUUUUUGUUUUUUAUCAAUGACAAGAUCUAUGACAAAUUCUUCUUGCCAAUCCAAUGUAAGAAUUCUUGAUGCGGAGAUCAUUGCAUAGUGGUAUGAUACAUUGUUUUUAACUGGGACUACACUGAAGGAGGAGGGCAAGUCCAAAUUAUUUAUAUGUAGCCUUUUGAUGUCUUCAAUAGUUCUAGGUUUCCACAUGUAUAUGCUUAUGUUUUUCAUUUUAUAUUUGAUGUGAUACAAUCCCUACCUGAACUACAAUACAAUGGAAAUUGUAGUUUUCUCAAAUCUAACAAAAUAAUUUGGACAUGCCCAUAAAUACAUAUCAACACUUCUCUAUUUGUAUUUUUUAAAUCUUCCCUUGGAUAAUGUAAUAAAAAUCAUGAAAAUGUAUAAUUCUGCUGAUAUGAGCUAUAAAAUAGCUUAAUACAUUGACAAUGUCUGAGUUUAUAAGCACUGUCAUGUAACUGUAUUUCUGUUGUGCUGCAGGUCUUAUUGAAUGUUUGAAUUGCAAUAUAUUUCAUUGCAGUAAUGUUUUCAAUUGCUUUUUAUCAUCAUAUCAAAAUCCAUUUUUUAUUACUCUAAUAUUGAGGAAUCAUUCUCUAUUUGCUGCAAAGUAUUGUGUAAAUGCCAACACCACUUUGCAUUAGUAGGACUGAAAAGUACUAAACUGUGCAAGGAAGGGCUAAUAUUGUACAAAAGAUGGUGCUUAUUGUAACUGAAUUAUAUUGGUACUUUUAGGAAUGUGUGCAAGUACCAUAUAUGUCAUUGUUACAUGUAGUUCAUAGAGUUGGAAAAAAAACUUCAUCCAAGUGAAUUUAUUUUGAUACGUAUCCUUCCUAUUGUGAUUCAGUAUUUUGCUUAACCUGAAAUACUUGUGAUAGGCAAGGGACUCUUGAGACUGCAUAUGACAGACUAUUACUUGCCUAAGACCUCUUACAAACAACUUUUUUUAGCGGACGGUAUGAUAAUGAUAAAUAAAAUGAUUCCUAGUGAAUUGUUUGUGCCAUUCCCAUAAAUAAAGCAAAUGAGUCUAAAUAUGUGCAUUUGCUGAAUUGCCUUUUUUGUACACAUUUCAAUAUGCUGCGAACCAUUUUGUCAUUUAAUCCAUACCUUUUAUCCCAAAGAAUGACGUCAUUUUUUAAAACUCCAUUUUGUAUCCAGUUGUUUAACAACUCUUGCCUUACAACUUCUUUACAAACCACUUAAUUCCCAAAAAAUAAAUUCAAAAUUGUUUGAAUUUAUUACCAUGAAAGUUAUUAAUUUUAUAUUUGAGUGAUUUCUUUAAUUGAUACUUGAUAGGGCCGUAAUCAAAAUUAACUUACACAUUAAAUACCUUUGUAUAUUUUGAUAUUUUGAGAAAUGUGCAAAUUUCCAUCUUAAAUGCAAGGUGUAUGAUUUAAAUGUAAUAUGUAAUGAAAACAAGGAUUAGUCCUUUAUCCUCUGUAUUCAUUUGCUGGCAUGCAUGAAUGAACUUGUUCAAAUGUAAUUCAACUUGCCAAGAGAUGAACAAAUUUAUCCACCAUUUUGUAUUAAAAAUAAUAAAAAAAUAAUAAUCACCAAUAGAGAGGCAUUCCCAGUGCAGCAAGGUGUACAUUACCGUGCUAAUUUUGAAUGUUAAUUUUUGUCAUAUUGUUGAUCAAUAAGAUAUUUCUAUUUAUUUAAUUUAAACACAACUGAAUUAAGAUGUGAUCAAGUGUGCUUGAUGGUAAUAACCAUUGUUUCUCAAAGCCACAUUAAUUUAUUAUUCAUUUCUACAGAUUGGAAAUAGAGAGAAGCCUUGGUCAUAUGUUUUCAUGAGUUGUUUGUAUAUAUUAUGUUUGUACAUUCUGUAAAUUCAAAGAUUUCUCUAUUUCAUUCUGUUCUCUGACAUCUCCAUACAGUAGUUAUAUUUGUAUCUUAAUUUAUUUUCAAUGUUGAUUGUAAUAAUGGUCUGGUUUGGAAGCUACAUAUAUCGAACACAACUUUGUUGUUAGGGGGUUAUUCACCUCAAAGGCAAUUUUAAUAUAUUUCUUGGGAAUUAUAGGGGGCAAUAAGAUUCAUUAAUGGAAAACAACUCUGCCCAAAUCAUGCAUUUCUGAUGAACAACAAAUUUAUUUUUAGCAUUACUUGUUUUAGAGAAUCUUACAGCCAUUACCUAGACUCCAAACCAGAUUGCAUUAUAAACUCAUGUGAUUCUCUAUCUAACAAAAAUGAAGAAAUGUCUAGAUAGAUAUCUACAAGAGCUCUUUUCCUUUUUUCCAGCUCAGACUAUGGAUCAUUCUUUCAGUCCAUUUUUUGUAAAAUUUUCAAUACUUAUGUAUUAAAAGUGUGAUGAAAUUCUGUAAAAAGAA